AUGGGGAUUGACAAACCUGACGUCAGAUUUGUUAUUUAUUACUCCUUACAAAAGUCUGUGGAGGGAUUUUAGCAGGAGGCUGGGCGAGCCGGGAGGGACGGACUACUAGCCCACUGUAUAAUGUACUACACGUACCAGGACGUCAAAAGACUGACGAGGAUUAUAUAGAGUAAGUAGGGGGGUCUGUUAUAAUGUACUACACGUACCAGGAUGUCAAAAGACUGAGGAGGAUUAUAGAGAUGGAUCAGGCAGCCACAUUUGAUUCCAAAAGAGUUCAUAUAGACAACCUCUUCAGAAUGGUUCAGUACUGUGAGAACGUGGCCGACUGUAGACGAUCACAGCUGCUUAAUUACUUCGGAGAACGAGACUUUAAUAGAGAGGAGUGUGGGAAUUUCCGUGGAGCUAUCUGUGACAAUGGUGUGUCUAAGGAGUCCUUCCAACUCCGUGAUGUCAAAGAUGAUGUCAAGGAUAUUGUGAAGUGUGUGAAGGAUCUGACCGUCAAUGGAAGACUGGGAAACGACUAGACCCUUAUCUACUUUGUGGAUAUUUUUAGAGGAAAAGAAGAAUCUUUCUCAGAAACCAUUUGUAGUCACUAUUUCCUUGUAUACACUAUGUGUUUUAGUAAUUUGAAUUCUUCUACAUGCGACUUAUUUCUAGUGUUACGUAAGAUAGCAAAGUGUUAUCAACAUUCCAUUCAGUUAAUGUUACAGUAAAUGCCAAACCAAC